AUGAGUACUGGCGUCGUCGCGGCAAGCGCCGCGGCGGUUGCCAUGUACUGGUAUUUGUUUAAGCAGAAGGGUCUUCAAGAUGGCGUUAUGGAGCCGGUGCUACCUGUCGAGGCGUGCAGAAAUGCGCCUGACCAUGCCCCAAGCAAUUGGGGAGAGGCACUGUACCACGUGAAGGAGGUCCUGAGAUACAUGUACAACGAAACGCUGGGCCGGUGGCAUACUAUCGACCUAUUCGUGGGACUCGCUUACCUCUCGCACCGAGAUGCGAUCGAGUACCCGGCAGCGGACAUCGCUGCGAGAGGCGCACCUGUUAGCCUGGAUUGCAGCGUUACUGAGCAGAUUAAGCUGAUGUUGGAGCUCCAGGAGGCCCGGCGGUACAUGCUGUACUGCAAGGGUCUCAAGCUACGACGGGAGGACAUGCAGGCCAGGUUUUGGAGAGAGCACUUGGGACAGGGGUCAUCGGCGGCGGCAGCUGGUGGUGGCGGCGGCGGUGGCGGCUGUCUUCCCAUCGGUGGCGGUGGCGGCAGCAGUGGCGUGGGACUCGGCUCCGCCGCCGCUAGCGGCAGCUACAGCUCCCUGUGCGAGUAUGAGAGUGGCGGCGGCGCCGUGGGCGUUUCCGGGACUGUUGGCGUUAUGGCGCCGCCGAGAAUGGAUGCGCCAGAUAGUCCCGGCAAGGCGAAGGCCCGGGCGGCGACGGCGGCGGCGACAGCGGCGGCGGCGGCGGCGGCGCCAGCGUCAGGCGGCGUCCUUGGCUCCAGCAUCGCGGCUCUGGCAUCCACUCGAGUCAUCGGCGACUGGUUGUGGCGCGGCGGCGGCAUGCUGUUUACGACAUGUACGAUACCUCGGAGGGCUAUGUCCGCGCCCGGUCCGGCGGGGCUGGUGGGAGACCCCGCAGGGGGAGCUGCAACGGGCCUUAUGUCCACACUCGGCGGCGGAGGCGGCGGUGGAGGCGGCGCUCGCCGGACGGCUGGUGCAGUGGCGACCGAAUCAGAGCCCCUUUUGAUGAAUGUGGGAGAUGGGUUUGACGACGAGUCCGACCCUGAUCGUGAUGAUGAUGAUGAUGGCGAUGAUGAAGAGCGGCAGGGUUGCCGGGUGGCAAGAAAGGGGAGACGGCGGCGGCGGCGGCGGCGGCGUUCUGUGGGUCGCGGGGGCGCUGGUGGCGGCGACAACGGCGACCAGCAUGAUGGUGAUGGGGAGGAGGAGGGGGGGGAGGAGGAGAUGGACGAGCACGAAGACGGUUUGGAUGUCGGUAGCGGCAGUGAGGAGGGCGACCAGGAUGAUGAUGAUGAUGAUGAGGAGGAGGAGGAGGAGGAGGUUAGAGGCGGCCGUGGAGGUGCCGGCGGCGGCGGCGGCGGCGCCCAAUCGGACUCUGCUGCUGCCGAAAGCGAGCAGCAGCUGCAGGCGGGCAUCACCGCGGUGGUCGCGGCGGUGACCAACCAGGCAUCUCGGGAGGCGGCGGAGGGGCCCAGAGCGCUGCUGCGUGACGAAAACACGCUGGCGGCGGAGGAUGUACUGCGCGAAGUACGGGAGGCGGAUGCCGCUGCCGCCGCCACGGCGUCGGCGGCGACAGCGUCAGGUCCGGCAUCAUCUGGCAGCAGCGGGAUGCAUCGCCGGCGGUUCGGCGGCGAGGAGACGUUGCGUCGGCGGGGAGAGGUACGGAGCCUCGGCAGCGGCAGCAGCGGCGGGGCCGCUACCUCGGCCUCUGCCGGACGAGCAUCGUACCGCAGGGUAACGGUCACGGCGGUAGGGAGCGCGGCGGCGGAUGCAGCUGCGACGGGUGUUGGGCACGAGGCCUCGGACGUGACAUUCAGUCACGGCGGCGACGGCAGCGGCGGCGGCGGCGGCGGAGAGGCAGAGUACGAAGUGCGGCUUUACAAGCGACGACUGUAUCCCGCCGGUCGCAUCCUGCACCUCUUUCCGAGCGCCGCCAUCGCCGGGGACCAGCCAGCGGCGGCGGCGGCGGCGGCGGCUGGCCUGACCGCUGCCGCUGCUGCUGCCGCUGCCGCAGCUGCUUGUACGAACCCCGCCGAUAACAUCGCGGCACGGACCUCCGUGGCGCAGUCGCCGUAUGUUCUGUACGAGGUGACGGAUGCGCAGGCGUACUCGCGUGUACGGCUAUGUCGUACGAUGGUGUCAGAUCACCUAAUUCCCGCCUACUUGGCCGCGUUGGAUAGUGUGCUCGGUCAGCUUGAGGAGCGGCAGCAGCGGGCGGCGAGAGACGCGUGGGAACAGGAGCAACAGCAGGAUACGCUACAGCUACAGCAGCUACAACAACAGGAACAGCCGCUACGCGAGUAG